AUGUUGUCGUCUGUGUUUCUGCUGCUGCUCAUCAGCGGAGCUCAAGCUGCUUAUUAUGGUGCGAUCAUUACCAACUAUUUUGGAGACGUUCAGCCCUUGAGAAACAUCAACCUGCUGGUCUCUGAUCCAGAUGGAGACGACAUUAGAUGCAGAUAUGCAGCAGGUCCAGAGUGUAACACCUGCACUCCUCCGUCUGUCCUCAGUCUUUCAUCGUCUUGUUCUCUGUCAUUCAGUCCCACUAACAGCAGCAAUGAAGGUCCGUAUGCGGUUCAGAUGAUGGUGGAGGAUUUUCCCAGACAAACCAUCACUCUAACUGAUGGCAAUACUGGUGUACAUUCAAUAAAAUCCAACGCUAACCAGGCUCUAGAAAUCAGCAUCAGAGCAGAAGCAACCCAGGCUGAGACCACUGAGCUCCUGUUCAGCGGACCACCAGGUUCCGCCAAGAGUUCAUCAGGAUCAGGAAACUUCACCCUGACAUGGACACCAAUUGCCGGAGACGGAGGACUGAACUACCCUCUCUGCUUCGUUGUCCAAGCAAAUUCCUCCGGCUCUGUGUACCAGUCUGACCUUCGAUGCGUCUUUGUGACGACUGGAAACACAACUGUUUCCCGCCUGAGUACGACUACACCUCCACAAACUACACCUCCACAAACUACACCUCCACCAACUACAACUACGCUCCCAACUACAACCAACCAACCCACCACAACAACUACACCUCUUAGGUCCUCCACCCCAAAUGCAACACCAGACCCAGGACCAAAUUAUGUUUUGGCUCUGGAUGCAAUGAUCUCAACAACACUGUUGAUGGAGACUGAUUCUGCAACCAUCAUGAACCUGAUCAAAGAGGAGCUGAAAAGACAAGGACUGCCUUCUGACAUAACUCUAAAGCUGCUGAGCAGUAGGUUAGUGGGAGUUACAACUCCCGCCCCCUAGUGGCUAAAAAUGAGAAUAAAUCUGAUCUUUCCUGGGAAAUGUGUUUUCUAUAACUUCUCAUCUGGUUCAUGGGGUAAAACCUUUUUUAAUCAAUGCAAAUGAAAAUGUAAUAGUAUUGUGUUGAAUAUGAGCAAAUACUGUGAAGCCAUAAUGUUCUCAUUCAUAAUUUCUAAUUGUCAAUAACAGCAAACAUAAUAAAAUGAUAUGCCAAUACUGUUA